ACGUGGAGGAGCGCAAAAACCAUGUAAACCAAUAGACAACAUAAAAUUUGCAAUCAAACCUGCAACUGUGUGUGUUGAUUUGUGAUUUUAUUCGUUAAUUUGAUAAUUGAAUGAACACAAAGUGCUGCUGCCAAUGGUGUGUGUGUUUUCAAGGUACCUGCCAUCCCUUGAAGAGCUUGGUAAGCUUUUGAAACUCUGUGCUGAUGUCAAAUGGCUUCCCUUUGGCAAAGCCAUGCAUGCCCAGUUUCUGAUCCGCAACCAAACAUCAAACCACUCUCACAUCAGUCACCUCAACUCCCUCGUCCAUCUGUAUGUCAAAUGUGGCCAACUAGGUCUUGCUCGAAACCUGUUUGAUGCAAUGCCCCUUAGAAAUGUGGUUUCUUGGAAUGUUUUGAUGGCAGGGUAUCUGCAUGGUGGGAACCACUUGGAAGUCCUUGUGCUCUUCAAAAACAUGGUUUCAUUGCAAAAUGCAUGCCCCAAUGAGUAUGUGUUCACCACUGCUCUUUCUGCUUGUUCUCAUGGUGGGAGAGUCAAGGAAGGGAUGCAGUGUCAUGGACUUUUGUUCAAGUUUGGGUUGGUGUGUCAUCAGUAUGUGAAGAGUGCGCUUGUUCACAUGUACUCAAGGUGCUCUCAUGUGGAGUUAGCCUUGCAGGUUUUGGAUACAGUGCCUGGUGAGCAUGUCAAUGAUAUCUUUUCUUAUAACUCAGUCUUGAAUGCACUUGUGGAAUCUGGGCGUGGGGAAGAGGCUGUGGAAGUUUUGAGGAGGAUGGUGGAUGAAUGUGUGGCAUGGGAUCAUGUUACAUAUGUCGGUGUCAUGGGGCUUUGUGCUCAGAUUAGAGAUUUGCAAUUGGGUUUGCGAGUCCAUGCCCGGUUGUUGAGAGGUGGUUUGAUGUUUGAUGAGUUUGUUGGUAGCAUGCUGAUAGACAUGUAUGGGAAAUGUGGUGAAGUUUUGAAUGCAAGGAAUGUUUUUGACGGCUUGCAAAACAGGAAUGUGGUUGUGUGGACAGCCCUCAUGACUGCGUACUUGCAAAAUGGAUACUUUGAGGAGAGUUUGAAUCUGUUUACAUGUAUGGAUCGAGAAGGUACCUUGCCCAAUGAGUACACUUUUGCAGUUUUGCUUAAUGCAUGUGCAGGUAUAGCAGCACUUAGACAUGGUGAUCUAUUACAUGCUAGGGUUGAGAAGUUAGGCUUUAAGAAUCAUGUCAUUGUAAGGAAUGCUCUGAUAAAUAUGUAUUCCAAGAGCGGCAGCAUUGAUUCUUCAUAUAAUGUGUUCACAGAUAUGAUAUAUCGAGAUAUUAUCACUUGGAAUGCUAUGAUAUGUGGGUAUUCCCAUCAUGGGCUUGGUAAACAGGCUUUACAAGUGUUCCAAGACAUGGUCUCUGCUGAAGAAUGUCCAAAUUAUGUAACCUUUAUCGGGGUUCUUUCUGCUUAUUCUCACUUGGGUCUUGUAAAAGAAGGGUUUUACUAUUUGAAUCAUCUAAUGAGAAAUUUUAAGAUUGAGCCAGGAUUGGAGCACUACACCUGUAUGGUUGCACUUUUGAGCAGGGCUGGUUUGCUUGAUGAAGCUGAGAACUUCAUGAAGACAACUCAGGUGAAGUGGGAUGUUGUUGCCUGGCGAACUUUGCUUAAUGCAUGCCAUGUUCAUCGAAAUUAUGGUUUGGGAAGACGAAUUGCAGAAUCUGUCUUACAGAUGGAUCCUCAUGAUGUAGGGACAUAUACAUUGUUGUCAAAUAUGUAUGCCAAGGCAAGAAGGUGGGAUGGAGUUGUGACAAUUCGGAAACUGAUGAGGGAAAGAAACAUUAAGAAGGAACCUGGAGCAAGUUGGCUGGAUAUAAGAAAUGAUAUCCAUGUUUUUCUUUCAGAAGGAAGCAAUCAUCCAGAAUCUAUUCAAAUUUAUAAGAAGGUCCAACAAUUGUUGGCAUUGAUUAAACCACUGGGAUAUGUGCCAAAUAUUGCCUCUGUGCUGCAUGAUGUGGAAGAUGAGCAAAAAGAAGGUUAUCUUAGUUAUCACAGUGAGAAGCUGGCCUUAGCAUAUGGCCUUAUGAAAAUACCUUCGCCAGCACCCAUUCGUAUAAUAAAAAACCUUCGGAUGUGUGAUGAUUGCCACACUGCAGUAAAACUAAUAUCAAAAGUCACUAACAGGCUGAUAAUUGUCAGAGAUGCUAACCGUUUUCAUCAUUUUCAAGAUGGAUCCUGUACUUGUCUAGACCAUUGGUAGCAUUUCCAUAAAUUUUACAGUCAUAGUUGUUUGAAGUGAAUAUUGUAGGUUCUACACCACAUUAGCAUACACAGCAGUUUAAAGAUAUCAAGUAUGGUCUGACACAAUGUUAAUUAAACACGGAUAACUCUUGAAAUCGAUUCCAUUUCAUUUGCCGUAAAAUAAGUCACUGAUCAUAUAGAAAACUUGUAUCUUUCAAUAUUGAACUUAGAGGUAUGUGAUCUGAAAGGAUUGACAGGUAAGAACUCAGAUUUCUCUGCAGUUUUUCAAAUAUGUUUGUUCUUUGCUUUUUGUAUAUAUAGCUUAAAACUUAAUUAAUUUUUACAUGAAUUCCAUUGGUGGCUCCGCAUAGUUAGCUUUGGUCUUAUGGAAUGGUUAACAACUAAAAUGGAUUUUUGUCCAUGACUCAGGAACAACUAUACCAACUGCUGUUCUGGGAUAUCUUUAAACAACACAUAACUGAUAUUUCAAGCUGACUGGAUUAGGAUGAGAUCACAGAAAAGUUUUACCUCUUCAAAUGAUAUGGAAUUCCCUUAGAGAUGUUGGGCUAGAACAAUUUUAACUGUUUGGUGAUGCUGGUUGAUUGAAUGACACGAAGAGUUUCACUGAAUCAAUUCUAAUCAAACCAGACUAAUCAUUUUUGGGGGUCUACAGUUGGGUUUGUAGAAUGUAUGGCAAUCUCCAAAUUGUAAGAGCUUGCAGAGAGGCCUUUGAUGUUGAAACAAGAUAAUCCCUUAAAGCAAAAGGAGGCCAAGAAAUUUCCAAGGGUCUCUUCAUGUGGGCCAUGAGUUUCUUGAAAUAAAUUCCACUUAUGUUAUUGAUAGCAUGAAAAUUAACUGCUUUCUAGGUGAACAAAUAUUCAUAUUGCAUUGAUGCAAAGAUUUACAGAUUUAGAAUGAUUUCCAGGAGUGGAAUUUAGAAUGAUUUACAGGAACCAAAGUUGGAAACUUACACGAAAUAUUAUAGUAGUGCAGCUAUGAAUAUUGUAACCCAGUCCCACCUAGCUUCCUGAGGGAACUUUUGUAAAACAUAUUUAUGCAACAUUUCAAUACAAGAGAUGAUAUAGUUUUGUUGACUGCAAGUCAAUUACUUAGCUCAAGUAGUUGAGGUGGGUGAAUUUGUAACUUAUUCAAGUUAUCCUCAAGUUGCACAUGUUCUUUUUGAA